AAUUUUGUGUUGAAGGCAGAUAUCCUAUUAGGCGUAUCUGGUAGGCAGAAAUAUAAGAAACAAGUUUGUGAACCCAAGAGGAGUAGCUUACAUCACUUAUCAAAUAAGUGGAAUUUGGAAACACUAGUUUCACCUCAAGGACAAAAGUACAAUAUGCAAGUGCAAAGUCGGAAAGUUUCACCUAGUGGUUCCUACAAAGAUCUAUGGCUGGUUGUGCGAGAAGGGUCCCUGGCUGAUGUAGAUUUGGCACUAGCAUUGCUUAAGAAGAAUGGAGGUAAUAUUAAUUCAAGGAACACAUUUGGCUUGACUCCUCUCCACAUUGCAACUUGGAGGAAUCACAUUCCCAUCAUUAGAAGGCUUCUCAUUGCCGGUGCUGAUCCUAAUGCUAGGGAUGGAGAAUCAGGGUGGACUUGCCUUCACAGGGCUUUGCAUUUUGGUCAUCUUGCAGUGGCAAGUAUCCUUCUUCAAUCUGGUGCUUCUCUUACACUGGAGGACUCUAAAUCCCGUAUGCCUAUUGAUCUCCUGUCUGGGCCUGUAUUGCAGGCCAUUGGAGACAGACAUGAUUCAGCAGCUACUGAGGUAUUUAGCUGGGGAAGUGGUGCCAAUUAUCAAUUGGGAACUGGAAAUGCUCACUUACAAAAGCUACCUUGUAAAGUUGAUGCCCUUCAUGGUUCUCUCAUUAAAUUGAUCUCUGCUGCAAAGUUCCAUAGUGUGGCAGUCAGUGCACGUGGGGAGGUCUACACUUGGGGAUUUGGAAGGGGGGGCCGCCUUGGGCAUCCUGAUUUUGAUAUUCACAGCGGUCAAGCUGCAGUUAUUACUCCCCGUCAGGUGAUUUCUGGUUUAGGGUCCCGCCGGGUGAAGGCAAUUGCAGCUGCCAAACAUCAUUCUGUUCUUGCUACUGAGAGUGGGGAAGUUUUUACUUGGGGAUCUAAUAGAGAGGGUCAGCUUGGCUAUACUGUGGACACUCAACCUACACCUCGUAGAGUGAGUUCACUGAAGUCAAGGAUUGUUGCUGUUGCUGCAGCAAACAAACACACAGCUGUUGUUUCUGAUUCUGGUGAAGUUUUCACAUGGGGUUGCAACAAAGAGGGUCAACUCGGAUAUGGAACAUCUAACUCAGCAUCUAAUUACAAUCCAAGAAUGGUAGAGUACUUGAAGGGCAAGUUUUUUACAGGAGUUGCAGUGGCAAAAUAUCACACAAUUGUAUUAGGUUCUGAUGGAGAGGUAUAUACAUGGGGUCAUCGACUCGUUACGCCAAGACGUGUUGUGAUUGCUAGAAAUUUGAAAAAGUUUGGUAGCUGCCCUUUGAAGUUCCAUCGCAUGGAACGGCUUCAUGUGGCUUCUAUAGCUGCAGGGAUGGUUCACAGCUUGGCCCUCACAGAUGAUGGUGCAUUAUUUUAUUGGGUGUCUGCAGAUCCUGAUCUUAGAUGCCAACAGCUAUAUUCGUUGUGUGGAAAACAAGUAGUGAGCAUUUCUGUGGGAAAGUACUGGAGUGCUGUGGCCACAGUCACCGGUGAUGUUUAUAUGUGGGAUGGGAAAAAAGGUGAGGAUAAGCUGCCUGCUGUCACUCGGUUACAUGGUGUUAAAAGGGCUACUUCAGUUUCAGUUGGUGAAACUCAUCUACUGAUUGUUGGUUCCCUGUAUCAUCCUAACUAUCCUCCCAGUGUGAUCGAUAGCCUUCAGAAGCAGAAGUUGCAAGUUAGGGAUGAAGUGGAAGAGCUUGAUGAAGAUUUUGUGUACAAUGAUACAGAGUCUAAUCACAUAUUAUCCGCUGUAGAAAAGGAUGAUUCUGCACAAAGGCCCAUACCAAGCUUAAAAUCUCUCUGUGAAAAAGUGGCUGCAGAAAGUCUAGUUGAGCCCCGAAAUGCAAUACAGAUGCUUGAAAUUGCUGAUUCACUUGGAGCUGAAGAUCUGAGGAAGCAUUGUCAGGACAUUGUUAUUCACAACCUUGACUAUAUUUUGACCGUCUCACCACAUGCUUUUGCAAGUGCUUCGCCUGAAAUUCUAGCUAAUCUUGAAAAUCUGUUGGACCAAAGGUCAUCUGAACCUUGGAGUUAUCGUAGGCUCCCAACUCCUACUGCUACUUUUCCUUUAAUCAUCAACAGUGAAGAAGAGGAUAGUGAAUGUGAGGUUCCAAGGACUCGUGAUAACCACAACAUCAAAUCCACCUUGAAGAGUGAAGAUGAAAGAUCAGAAUUCUUUCUUCAAAAAGAUGAUCCUAAUCAAGCCAUCUCCAAAAAAGUUCGUGCACUCCGAAAGAAGUUGCAGCAAAUUGAGAUGCUUGAAACAAAGCAAUCUAAAGGGCAUAUUCUAGAUGACCAACAACUUGCAAAGCUUCAUACAAGGUUGGGUAUUGAAAGUUCACUAACUGAGCUAGGUCUUCCAGUUGAGACAGUCCAGGCAAAUGCAUCUGUUGGAGCUUCAUCAGAUGUAAAAUGUAAUAAAAAGGCUGAGGUAUCAAGAAAACAAAGAAGAAAGAGUAAACAAAAGGUAGCACAAGUGGAAACAGUUCCUGGUUUUAGUGGAACUGAUGUAGAAUCAAACUUUGUGAAGCGCCCUUUAGAUGUUGGGAUCUCUCAAGUUUCAGCGAAUAAGGAGGAGAAAAUCGUUUCUGAGGGAAGUGUGGGGAACCAAGCCUCCAAAGAACUUGCUUUCUUUGUCGUUAAUAAAGAAACUUCGGACUCUCCAAAAAGUAAGAGCCCAUCUCCUUCAGUAUCCAAGAAGAAAAACCGCAAGGGUGGGCUUUCCAUGUUUUUGAGUGGUGCUCUUGAUGACACCCCCAAAGAAACUGCCCCCCCUCCACAAACACCUAGAAGUGAGGGUCCUGCAUGGGGCGGAGCUAAGGUAUCAAAGGGAUUUGCUUCGCUCCGUGAAAUUCAAGAUGAACAGAGUAAAACCAAGGUGAACCAAUCAACAAAGAAUAUAGAUCAGGUGGAGGAUCAUUCUGAUGGUAAAAGUGAUGGGAAAGUUAAGUUGAUUUCCUUCUUGCCUUCAAAACCUAUACCUGUGGUGUCAUUGCAUACGUCACCCGUAUCUGAUGCCGAAAGAAGCACACCUCCUUGGGCUUCUGGAACUCCUCCUUUUCUUUCUCGGCCAUCUCUUAGAGACAUCCAAAUGCAGCAGCAAGGGAAACAGAAGCAGAAUAAUUCCCACAGUCCAAAGACAAGAACAGCUGGAUUCUCAAUUGCAUCUGGCCAGGGAUCACCAUCAGAUUCUCCAGGGGUGAGCCGCUGGUUCAAACCGGAGGUAAACACACCCUCAUCUAUUCGUUCAAUUCAGAUUGAAGAGAAGGCCAUGAAGGACUUGAAGCGGUUCUACAGCACUGUCAAGAUUGUGAAGAAUCCAACUUAAAUGUGGGACUUCAUGAUACUUGCAUUGAUGCUUGACCAUUGUUUAUUCUCUCUUUUUCAACUGUGAAUUUCAAUGUACAGAUGAUCUCCUUGUAACUUAGGAUUUUUAAUUAUGAAAGAGUAGUUUUCAUUUCUCA